CUCGCUCACGCCAACGCCCUGCUUCAUCAUGCCGCAAACGGCCCACAGUCUCUCUCCCGAGACCACUGAAUCCUACAUCCAGCGGCUCACGCACUACUUGACUAUCUCUCAGCUUUCAAUGAAUCACGUGUCCAAGCACUUGAACACACUCACAAGCCGUCAGGAUAUGGACCCAACACAGGCUGUAUCAUAUUCCUCCACUGCACUCUGUCGAAGAACGGCAGCAAUGGUUUCGCAAAAUGUAUGCAGGCCCCUGCUUCUCACGACUAUCUUAAAUGGAUUAUCAGGGUCUUUGCCUGCCACGGUGCCGAUGAGGCCAUUCGUAUGCAGGAGUUAUUAAACAUGCCAGAGAGAGCCCUUGCCGCUAUAGAUGUUGAAGUUGGAAGGCGCCUGUAAGAUCCAUCAUGCUACUUUUCUCGAUAUCGUGGCACCGCAAACUCGCCAGUUACAUGAACAGAUACAAGAACGUGACUGGCAAAGAUCAGCCCCCUUUUGGCCCUCAAACUUCACGCGACAAAGAGAUGGCUGCAAACCACGACCUCAUCGGUCGUGUUGUUGUGCGCCCGAACGGUUAUGGAGAAGUCGAACAACUUACCGUCGUUGACUAUGUCACCGGACUCACGGGAAGGGCUUUCUUCAUCUUACAGAACAUCGCAUCCGACGAGGAUCGCGAGACGGAGCACAUUACAGAGGAGAAGCUGAGGAAGCUGCAAUUGCUAUCCGAGGAGGACGGGUAGCAUCUGGUCUCCCUCGGCUCAGCUUGUAGUUAUGUACGUAUUUCUCUGCCUGACUGUUAUGUACAUAGUGGGCAAGCUUAAGUGAUGCUACCCCCAUUCGUGAUUCAUCAAGGACGUUGCCUG